AGGAGCUAUAAGAGAUAAAGAGAAAAUAGAGAUAACAGUUUGUAGUCCCAUUACCAUUUCUUUUAAACACCGAUCUCUCUCUCUCUAGAAAAAGGCUCAUGGAUGUCUGGGUUAAUAGUAGUUUUUGUAUGAGUAGUAUAGCUGUUUUCCUCCUUCUUCUUGUUGUUUCUGAUUACCAAGUAGUAGUAUUAUUAAAUGGUGAAAGAAUUGGUGAGCCAUCGUCAUCGUCGUCAUUGUCAUGUGAUUUCUUCAAAGGGAGAUGGAUUUUGGACCAAUCCUACCCGCUCUACAAUCCUUCCUCAUGCCCCUUCAUUGAGCAUGAGUUUACCUGCCAAAAGAAUGGCCGUCCCGAUCAGAUUUACACCAAAUACAGAUGGCAACCACAUGACUGUGAUUUAGCAAGAUUUAACGGGCUUGACUUCUUCAAAAGAUUUAGAGGGAAAAGCAUCAUGUUCGUUGGAGAUUCAUUAAGCCGAAAUCAAUGGCAGUCCCUAACAUGCAUGCUUCACUCGGCUGUGCCAACUGCUAAGUAUAAUGUGACAAGAGUAGACGAUGUAUCUAUCUUCGAAUUUACGGAUUAUGAAGUUAGAGUGAUGCUAGACCGCAAUGUGUAUCUAGUAGAUACUGUAAAAGAAAAGAUUGGGAGGGUCUUGAAGCUUGAUUCAAUAAUGGGAGGCAAGUUAUGGAAGGAUAUUGACAUGCUCAUCUUCAACACUUGGCAUUGGUGGAAUCGGAGAGGACCCACUCAACCAUGGGAUUAUGUUGAAGUAGGAGGCCAGAUAAGCAAAGACAUUGACCGCAUGUUUGCUUUUGAGAAGGCACUUAUUACUUGGGCUGGAUGGGUUGAUUCAAACAUUGAUCCUGCAAAGUCUAGGGUUUUCUUCCAGGGAAUAUCUCCUUCUCAUUACAAUGGCAGUGAAUGGCAAGAACCAAAGGCAAGAAGUUGUGUAGGGCAAAAGGAGCCUUUGCUUGGGUCGACCUAUCCAGGAGGUUUGCCACCAGCUUUGAGUGUGCUGAAGAAUGUGUUGAGCACAAUAAAAAAGCCAGUGACAUUGCUAGAUAUAACAAAUCUCUCACUCCUGCGUAAAGAUGGACAUCCUUCAAUUUAUGGGUUGGGAGGCCGCACCGGAAUGGACUGUAGUCAUUGGUGUCUUUGUGGAGUCCCAGAUACUUGGAAUGAGAUUCUCUACAAUUUUAUUCUUUGAAACAUUCAUGAUCGAAACUAUCAAAACAAUGGCGUCUUGUCCCAUUGAAAUAAAGACAUGUAAAUAAAAUUUUACAUGUUCUUAUUUUUUUAGCAUGAAAUGAAUUCACGUAACAAUGUACCUUUCCCUUAUCUAGAUAUAAAAGAAACGUUAAUAGUUGACAUUGAA